GAGUUCCAUCCGUCAUUGGAAAGCUUCCCCGUGCUAUAUCCUCAAUGGGAUGCUAACGGCCAACAAGCUGCACCACAGCAGAGGGCGGAAUCAAAUUUUCCAGCAUUGUUCUCUGACGACCUGACAGAUCCUGCACAUCUCGGGAGCGGUGACGUCUCGCGGCAGCGUGGAGUUUGGGAGGAAGGACAGCUGCUUCCUGCCCUUCCGCAGACUGAACUUUAUAUAGAGAGACAAGAAUAUAAAGAAUCUGGGAGCAGCUCACAGCCUGGCACCAUCAGGGAGGAGACUAGCGAAGAAGACAGUUUUGGUGAACCGGAAGACAUAGGACUCAUUGGGAUACUCAGAGAAUGGGGACAGCAAGUGAAGCCAGACAAAAUUGUUAGAGAAAAAGAAGAAGGUAGAAAGGAUACAGUAUGGAUGCCAUGGACUGAGCCAUCUCCUGAAGAAAAUAUUACUCUGAUUAGUGAUUCCCAUGGUGUACAAGCUCAAGAGAAAAGGGAAGAAUGUACAGAUUUACCUGACAUUCAAUAUAUAAAAGCAUCCACUGCAGACACUUCGGUUACUUCUUUUAAUGCCAGUGAUACUCUAGAUUAUGGCAGUUGGCAUGCAGCAGAACCUAAUAUUCAACUUCUAACUGCCACUCCACAGCAAAUUCCAGCACCUUCACAGAUCUUCUCUAGGAAUGAAGAACCAUUACAGCCCGAUACAAUACCAAAGAGCCUCACUAAACUAUCAAAACAAGAAAAAGGAGAAUCCAGGGAUAACGUUACUGCUCAGACAGAACAGCAACAAUUGUGCGGUGUUUAUGACGCCAAGGAUUUAAAUACAGAUGGUGUGAAUAUACUGACAGGCAGUAAGGGCAACCUAAUUCCUUCUUCAACAACCGUUGGAAAUUCAGAGGGCAAUAAAGACAAACUUGGAACUACACUUGAACCAGAUAGCUUGCUCUAUAGUGGAGUGAUCCCGGUAGUUCAGGUGUUUGACCAAAGUCCACUAGAGGUAGAGCAAAGUUCAACUGACAGUAAUCCUGUUACAUCAUUGCUUAAUCAACAGUAUCAGACUGCAGAAACAGAAGGACCGUUGGCACAGAUGGGUAAAAUAACAUCUGAACACAAUUUUCCUGGCAUACAAUCAGAAGAUUUCAGUAGUGACACUAAGAGAUGUCCUGAUGACUUAAACAAUAAGGCUGAUCAAACAGAGAAGAAUUUAACUGAGAACAUUCAAUCUGAGAUUAAAAAUGACUGAAAGAAAUUCCCAGAAUAGAUUGUGUGGAUUUUAGCAGCAACAAUGUAAAAUAUGGUGGAUCUAACAUUGAAUCAAAGGUAGAUAAAUUGAAAGUCAUUGAAAAUACAAAAUCUUCAGAUUUUUUCGGCCCAACGAGUAGCCAAUUUCUAAUGGAGUAUGAGGGAUCCAAAUCUCCCAAUGCAGCUAAUAGUACCACAGCUACAUUAUGUAACAUAAACAGAGACCCAGGCCUCCAGAUUAAUAUUGUGCCUCCCAUGGACUCCGUCAGUGACAAACACAAUAUAAUCCUGAGUGACCACGGUGGCUUUGGGAAAAGUCAGCCUUGCCAGGAAAUUUUCUCUGCACCUGACAAUAAGAUACUCCCCUUAGAAAAUGUAGAUGCUUUGCAGAAACCUUUAACAGGCGACCAAGAUAAAGUAAUUAAUCAAGCAUAUGAUAUGGCACAAAUGACAAAGGACAAUAAACUACAGAGCUGUAUAAACAACUUACUUUUGGAAGAUGUGCCAACUUUUUCUCUCAAUACAUUGGAAUUACAUCUGGCAGAGCCAUGCCCAGACCUACAAGAUGAAAUUCCAAAAAAAUCACAAUAUGCCCAUUACAAAGUGCUCACAGAUCAGUCAGCCAGUGAGGCCAAAGUAACUCCAAUUCAGGAUGAGAAGAUAGUUGAUCAGAACGGAGUUGAGUUUCAACUUUCGAGCCUUAGUGGGAAUAAACAUAGCAACACAAGCACUGAACAAGUUUCA